AUGAAGUCUUUCGCCGUCGUCGCUUCCUUGGCUGCAAGUGCUGCCCAAGCGCACAGUAUCUUCCAGGAACUAUAUGUUAAUGGCGUAUCUGCUGGACACACGGUCGGCAUUCGUGUCCCCGACUACGACGGCCCUAUCACCGACGUCACUUCUAACGAUGUGAUCUGUAACGGCGGUAUCAACCCAUACCACCAACCCGUGUCGCAAACUAUAAUUCCCGUACCAGCGGGAGCAACAGUCACGGCUGAGUGGCACCACACUCUUUCAGGCGCAACCCCUGGAGACAGCGCCGAUCCCAUUGACGCCAGCCACAAGGGUCCAGUCAUUUCCUACCUGGCAAAAGUGAACAAUGCCACCCAAACCGAUGUCACCGGAUUGAAAUGGUUCAAGAUCUACCAAGAUGGACUUGAUACCUCGACGAAUACUUGGGGUGUCGACCGCCUCAUUGCCAACGCCGGGAAAGUCAGCUUCAAAAUCCCAUCGUGCAUCGAGCCUGGACAAUACUUGCUGCGCCACGAGUUGAUCGCCCUCCAUGCCGCUGGCUCAUACCCAGGAGCCCAGCUCUACAUGGAAUGCGCUCAAAUUCAAAUAACCGGUGGUGGAAACACGGUCCCCUCUCCUACAGUCAGCUUCCCUGGCGCGUACGCUGGUUCAGACCCUGGUAUUUCCAUCAACAUCUACCAAACACUCUCUGGAUAUACUAUCCCAGGACCUUCCGUUUUCACUUGCUAA